AUGAUAACGGACAACUUCCCGGAUGAUUUCAAGGCAACCAAAGAAUGUCUUUUUGUUCAUAUCCAAUUGUUGUGGGGUUUGCUUGAAACUGCCUCUGUCCCCCCCGUCAUCAAUGCCGCCCUGGUUGCCAAAUUUUGUUCAAGAUUCUCCAAUGUUGCCGACUUUGAACGCUUUGCCCAAGAUUCAAACUCCGCCAGUAUACUUGCCGAAUCUGACGUACAGACCUUACGAGAUGCUUGGGCAGGCAGGAUCAAAGUUGGAAAAAGCUUUGUCCACAUUGAGGAAAGCUACAUUGCAUACAUUCACGGGUAUCUUGCAAAGUUAGGGAUUUGCAUCUGGUGUCCAAACCUUGAAGAAGGACCCGAAAGCUUGUACAACUCGGCUUGUUGUAUUGCAGCUCUCAACAUCUUCCGGCAAAUUGCCAUGUCCGGGGCUUACGAUUUUAUGAAUUUCAACCGAAAAUACAAGGACAACAUGGCAAUCUUCAUUCGGGCAUACAAUCACUAUGUGCACCAUGUCCAGCUUGAUAAGUUCUCCAAAGAGAACAAGGAGCCUGGUAAACAGGCUGAAACCGUAAUGGUCAAAAACGCGGCAAGGAAGCAAUCUCGACUUGCAGAGGCGCGUUACAGGUUUGCUGUGGCAAACGACUUUCCCAAACGGUACAAGGACAUCAUCCAGGAUGUUGCGGCAAACAGCAAUGAAAAAUGGAAUGAAGCUGGGAAAUGCUUUGUGGUCAAGACCCUACCAUUUUGCUCAAAAGCUGCCAACAUCUUCUUCCAACAAUUGGACAGUGUGAUGAACGAAGUUGCUAUUGCAACCGGCAAGAGCUCCCGAAGCAAGCCUCGCAGGGUAUCCAGGGAACCGGUCUUAUCAAUCUUUCCAAAAGUUCUGAGACAGCUUCCUUUGGACUUCUAUUUGCGUCGCUGGUUGGGUAACUUACCAACACCCCAACAGCGUGAAAUACCGGACCUGACCCGGGUGGCCUUUCUUUUGGAUCCGUCAAAGUCGCUCUUGCCUCAAAAUCACCCAAACUACAAUGCAGAAGAGGCAUUAUUGGACUCCAGGUUCAGCCGCAACAAAUUGGCACCCGCAUUGAUACUUUACAAACUGGUUGACAUCCCCAAAGAUAACAAGGAUGAAGGUGAUGGUGAAGAGGAAGAAGCACAAGAGUAUUCUAUCAAUCCGGCUCCCCUGGAGGAAAAUGAUGAUUGA